AAGCGCCAGCAUGACGUCACGCGCGUCGAUAAGGGAAACCUAGUUAGAGCCGCUGUUUUACCGAAACAACUGAAUAGUGCCCAUUUUCCUUGUCAGUUCCACUUUUCACGAUAAAGUUCCAUUUAGAAUAGCACCAUGUCGGCAGGUGAUACUUUAGGAGCGGGAGGUCCAGGGGCUGGAGGAGACGAUGGUAUCGUGGGCGGUCCGAGAACGCCCCAACAAAUGGCAGCGGAAAAGAGGCUGAAACAGACCCAGGCGCAGGUCGAUGAGGUGGUCGACAUUAUGAAAACCAACGUGGAAAAGGUGCUGGAAAGGGAUCAGAAGCUCUCUGAGCUGGACGACAGGGCUGAUGCCUUGCAGCAGGGCGCGUCACAGUUCGAACAGCAGGCGGGGAAACUUAAACGAAAAUUUUGGCUGCAGAACUUAAAGGCGAUGAUCAUAAUGGGCGUGAUUGGGUUGGUAAUUUUAAUCAUCAUUAUCAUGAACUUCAUGUAACUGUCAUAAGCGCGCCCCCGACAGAAAUUCGUUUGAAUUGGCAAAAAAAGAACGGCCAACCAUUAUAUAAAUAUAAACAUGCACAGUGUCAUCAUCUCAACAUAUUUGCAUUAAUUCAAUAAGACUGGGUAUAUUUUGGUCUACAGUUUGAGCGUUUCCAACUCACUUGCCUAAUGGGUCGAAGAGCAUCCGCAGAGCAACAAAUGUGCAGAACAUCGAAAACUAGUUCUAGUAAAAUCAGUGUACGCCAAAAUAUACCGCUUCUUCAGGGUAAAUGUUACCAGAUUAUUGUCAAUGUAAAAAAGCGAUUUUCAAUAACAAUUGAAAGUUGUACUAUAUUGGAUAAGUUAAAUCUCUGUAAAAUGUUUAGGACGCUUGAUAAAGGAGUCUAGAGAUAGGUCAUAGAAUUGUUUAAAUUACGAUUAUUUGGGACGUCUACCAGACCUGAUUUGAGGUCGUACGGUGUGUAGCAAGAACACGAAACCACUUUUGUCUUAACUCCAACUUCCUCCUUUUGGGACCCCAAAACUAGGAAAUGUUUCGUGAAAACCAUCGGUUUUAAAAUUGCGUUGCGACAUUCUACAGGGUGGCCCAACGUAGACUACACUCUUGCUCGCGGCAGCUGGUGGAUAUAGAAAAAACCGUCCAACGCACUAACUUUGAUUUCGCAAGUCACACUUUGUAGUUUUAGAGCGCAAAGUUGGCGUUUUUGGGCGUUCUUUUUCUAAACCUACCUGCAUUGACCAUAAUUAUCGAUGAGCCCCGCUGUGCCCAUAGGGAAUACUGUUUUUCCAUAACAUUAAAUGUGUUCUAGUCAAUAACAAUGUAAAAACCUAUACAUAUAAUAUAGACUAGUUUUGUUUGUAAAUGGUCGAGCAAGCUCGCGACCACUGUUUGAGAAAUCAAGGUGGUUGGGGGCACAUUUGAUGUACAAAAGUCAGAUGAGCAGCGUGAGCAGCAAAGCAACCGCAACCACCAGGUAAAUUUCGUACAAGAAACAUUUGUCCAGCAUGACCUAUAUUACAUCUUACUCAUAUAGGGACCUUUCUAACACAUUUUCUGCUGCUUGAAAUCAUAACAUCUACUACUGCAUUUCACCCUCAUCAUUAAACUGGCUUGUUUCAACACAGAAAGACAGACAGAGCUACACUUCAGCAAAAACAUAUUUAGCGUAAAAGCGAUUGCCUACCGAAACAGUUUCCCCAUUCAGUUGUUACUGAGCGCAAACGGUCGUUUCCUUCGGAGAGUGAAGCCAAAGGGGCCGACUUACCCAUUUAACCCACUUUUUUCCAGUGAAAUUUAUGCCCGAGGAGAAAGCGGCUCCGGCUGUUCCGGCCGUAUACGCCCCGAUUAGCCCAGUGGAGCCGGCGGUCGCCCCGGCCGAUACUAAAAUCGCCCCGGUCAAGUCUUAAACGGCUCUGAUGGGAUCGUCUAGUACGUUCAGAGGAUUCUUAUGGAAGGUUUAUUCGUUUCUAUGGGCUUCACCUCCUGAUUGAUUUCCACUGACGGUGAUAUUUCUAACAAUAAUACAGACGCCUUUAUUGCAAGUUUCCGUUUUUAGCCCCAACAUGUAAUAUAGUGCAAUUAAGUAAUGACGAAAUAGCGUUUAACAUAUGUAAUGCAGUGUAUAUUUUAGAAAUAGCGUUCAGCAAAACUGCUUUUCUAUUCGAUUUUUAUGAAAAUCUGUUAAGUUUUAAGGCGGACGAACUCGUGUAUUACACAUCUAUAAUCUCAAUGUGAUGAAGUUUACAGUUCUUUUUCAAUAGAUAAGUGUCAUGACUAUGGGACUUUAGGUGGAUAUUCUUUCGAAAUUAGUCUCAGCAUUUCAUGUAUAUGGUUUAACAUAUUGAAAGUAUACAGAUUAAAGUGUA